AUGGCUCUUCGUUUUUACAAAGCAUAUACUCCGGGAACGCGUCACCGUUCCGUAGCGGAUUGUACAGAAUUAAGUAAGACUCGCCCAGAAAAGUCUUUAACACGCUCUUUUCAUCGUGCAAAAGGGCGUAAUAAUCGUGGUGUAAUUACGUGCCGUCACCGUGGUGGUGGACACAAACGUUUAUAUCGUCAAAUUGAUUUCCGUCGUAAUAAGUACGACAUGAAUGCUCAAGUACUUACAAUUGAAUAUGACCCAAACCGUAAUGCUCGUAUUGCUCUUGUUCAAUACGAUGAUGGUGAAAAACGUUAUAUUCUUCAACCAACUGGUUUAAAAGUUGGGGAUAAUAUUAUUGCAAGUACUGAGGCACCAAACUCUAUUGGAAAUUCACUUCCACUUGCUGCAAUGCCUUUAGGAGUACAGAUUCAUAAUAUUGAAGUACACCCUAAAAAAGGUGGACAACUCGUUCGUUCUGCGGGUGGAGUUGCUCAACUUGUUGCAAAAGAAGGUGAUUUCGUAACAGUACGUCUUCCAUCGGGAGAGGUUCGUCUUUUAAAUAACCAAUGUUGGGCAACUAUUGGCCAAGUUGGUAAUAGUGAGGUGAUGAACCUUUCUAUGGGUAAAGCGGGUCGUUCACGUUGGCUUGGAAAGCGUCCAACUGUACGCGGAAGUGUAAUGAACCCAGUAGAUCACCCACAUGGUGGUGGUGAAGGACGAUGCCCUGUGGGUCGUUCACAACCAAUGACACCUUGGGGAAAACCUGCACUUGGUCGUAAGACACGUGCACGCAAAAAGUACAGCGAUAGUCUUAUUCUUCGCCGACGAAAAGUUUCAUAA